GAAAUGCUCCCAAAAAUGGCACUACAGCAUGUAAAAAUAUAAAGAUAAGCUCUGGCGGACUUGGUUCUAUGGUAGGUCUUAAAGGGUUAAGAAAGCCUGCCUUGGAAAGUUCAGACAGUGUCGAGGGAUAAUAUUAGUCAUACUCAAUAUUAACUUUCAAGGUUGAUAGAAUUGUAGAAACUCUGUUUUUGUCUUAUUUAUUGUAUUUCUAUGUAUGUUUGGACAUGUUUCAAUAAUUCACUGCACCUGUUUCCAAUUUUCCUGGCAAAAUAUAGAGGAACGAAGGGGGACUAAAGACCUUUGCACAGAACUUUAUGUCCCUAUUUACACCUGGUAUUAAAAUACACCUUGAGAUAUCAGAUUACAGUGGAAAGUGCUAAAUAAGUGUAAAUGACCACCCUGACUCAUUUCAGUGCAUGAAGUCCAAACACUUGCUGAAGUUGUCGCAUAUGACUACCUGGUGUAUAAACUACAAAUGCAUCGUCAACAUGGACAUAAGAAGAAAAGAUGUCCCGAGAAAGGACGUGGUCCUUCAUCUUGUCCUCUACCCUUUUUGCAACCUGUGAAUGACUUUGCCCUGUCAUUCUCCUCAUACAUGUAUAUUAGUCCUUGAAACAUUGUGCUAGCACUCGCUAAAAUAUGAUCUGUUUCUUCACUGGUGACAGAUGCAUGUAAUAAUGGUGCACUGGACCCUUUGACAUUAAUGAGAUCCAAACACAAGUGGCACAGGUUUAAAUGACGAUGUGCCUCUGCUGUCCACUUGUGAUCCAGUCACCCCGUACAUGUUUUAAAACCAAGUGCUAAAGAGGUCUGUCAGACCUCUUUAGCAUGCACCUCAUCUCUGCUUGAUGGUUGUGGGUUGAGACUACAGCCAUUAGCUAGAGGAUAGCACACCCAAUGUUCAGAAAAUGUUCCUGGUUGCAUUGCGGGAAACCUAAAUACCAAAGUUUGACAUUGAAGAAAUGUGUGGAGAAUCUUUGGUUCUGCUGUAAGAAUUUUGGCACUUAAAAAAAAAAAAGGCUUAUCAGCAUUUAAAAUGGCUCUAUGUAAAUUGUUGGAGUAAUCUUUUUGUGGUACAUUUUGCAGCCGAUAUCCACAUUCAAUUGAGGUUAAAGGUUAACUCUGAGGGAUUUAUUACUAUUGACUUUUUGUUGUUCGUUGCAACGCUGUGUUAAUGUCACAAAAUCCAUUCAUGAGUCAUCUUUGCAGUGUGUUGAAUGCCCCAUAAAAGCAGUCCCCCUUUCAACAAAAUACUUUACUGUAAGCGAGUUUUAACCAACGCAGCUGCAUUAAUGUAUCUUUAACUUAUAUUUGAAACGAUGAUAGGAACUCGAUGCUGUCAGGUUUUAUGUAAUAGUGAAAUAAAGAGAAAAUGAACAUAUUUUUAGAAACAAAGUUAAGAGGGGAUUUUAUUUCAAAGCAGCCUAUCUUGAGACUUUAGUCAUUGUGCAGAGAUAGCAGAAUCUCUACAAAAGUAAAUCUAGCAAAAAUCUCUACUGGAGACUAUUUAUUUAGCUGUGUGCUCGCAUAAAUUUUUGACAGAUUGCCUGUGUGUUUCCAUCAGAAGCAAUCUGAAGAGUUAUUCCCUUCUUAACAACCGGACUUAGUGCUGCAAUGCGGGGAGAAAAUAAAUAGACUUAGUGAGAGGAUUUAUGAAAGUGUGUGUGUGUGUGUGUCUGGUGAACCUUUUGAAGAUGGUGCUGAGAGCGACAUGCGCUGUUGUUGUCAUUCUUAAGCGACCCCCCUCCUGCCCAUCGACGCUGACUGAUCAUAGGACUGUAGCAUGUGUGUGUAUGUGUGCGUGUUUGGGUUCUAAGAGACAGUGCCUCCCUGCUGCGAAGUACAGAGUCAGAGGCAGCAGGUGCAGCUGACGCAGAUUGGCUUUUAGCAGGCAGGGCCAGUUUGGGGGACAGAAAGGGAGAGAAUGAGCUGAGAGGCGAUAGAAGAGAAAGCUCAAACAAAUACAACAUCAGACCUUUGAACAGAACUGGAUAGAUGAGGUCACCGUGUUUUUAGCCCUUGGACAGUAUGUGAGGAGGAAGGGAACAGGACCCAGAGUGUGCUGUGGAGGCAUCUGACUUAUUCUUGGCUUCAAUGGCGCAUGUGAAAGAACGUGCAGACCGACUGUCUCACACUAAGCUAUGGAAUGCUCUCUGCUCCCACCAUCACUAACCUCCAAUCUUUGGACUGAGCUCCAAACGCUUAGUUAGCGGCUGUGCUUCUCCCCUCAGACUCUUUAUAACCAGGGGACGAAGAGAAGGUGUGGGCUUACCAAGUCCUCCGCUAAAAACGCACAGAGCACUUCAUCUUUUUUUUUCUUCUUCGUCUUUUUUUGUAGAUAUUUUAAGCAGGAUUUUUGUUUCUUUGCAUAUUUUUCUCACCUGAAAUCAUAUCAAGAUGGAUCUGGAGUCGUAUCUGUGGAUGGUGGUUAUUGGCUUCAUCAUUGCCUUCGUCCUGGCAUUUUCAGUCGGAGCUAAUGAUGUGGCCAAUUCAUUUGGCACAGCAGUGGGAUCCGGCGUGGUCACUCUGAAGCAGGCCUGCAUCCUGGCAUCCAUCUUCGAGACGCUGGGUUCAAUGUUGCUCGGGGCCAAAGUGGGAGAGACGAUUCGGAAGGGCAUCAUAGAUGUCAGCCUCUACAAUGACACGGUGCCCGUGCUCAUGGCAGGCGAGGUCAGCGCCAUGGUUGGGUCAGCCGUCUGGCAGCUAAUUGCCUCCUUCCUCAAGCUCCCCAUCUCUGGGACUCACUGCAUCGUUGGCGCCACCAUCGGCUUCUCUAUGGUAGCCAUCGGCACAAAGGGAGUACAGUGGAUGCAGCUUGUCAAGAUUGUGGCGUCUUGGUUCAUCUCCCCCUUGCUCUCUGGACUCAUGUCUGGACUUCUCUUUAUGCUCAUCAGACACUUCAUCCUCAACAAGGAUGACUCUGUUCCAAACGGAUUGCGAGCAUUGCCCCUCUUCUACGCCUCCACCAUUGGUAUCAACACAUUCUCCAUCAUGUAUACUGGAGCUCCAUUGCUCGGGUUGGAGAUGCUACCGGUGUGGGCCAUCUUUCUCAUCACUUUAGCUGGCUCGCUGGUCUGCGCAGCUCUGGUCUGGAUAUUGGUCUGUCCCUGGAUGAGGAGAAAGAUUGCAAGUCGUUUAAAGAAAGAGCAGGCUCUGUCGAGGAUUUCUGAUGAGAGCCUGGAUAAGAUCCCUGAAGAGGAGGAGGAGAGCCCUGUCUUCAAAGAGUUACCAGGGGCGAAGGGCACAGAUGAGGCUGUGAUGCCGCUCACAGGUGGCAGCAGUGACCGGGGCACCCGCGAAUCCAGCAGCGAGCUCACCAACCUGGCGAAUGGAGGCACUAUCCUGCCAAACGGCAGGGUGUAUGGUCGGACACACUCAAUGACGAACGGCAGCCUCAAAUCCCCCAUCUCUAACGGCAGCUUCAGCUUCGAUGGCCACAUGCGUAGCGAUGGCCAGGUGUACCACACGGUGCACAAAGACUCGGGUCUGUACAAAGACCUGCUUCACAAAAUCCACCUGGGCCGCAUGGAUGACAACGAGCGCUCCAACGCCGGCCCGCCUGACAACAAUUACCGCCUGCUGCGCCGCAACAACAGCUACACCUGCUACACAGCGGCAAUAUGCGGCAUGCCCGUCCAGCCGAUGCGCUCCGAAUCACGCGAGGACAGUGAAAAGCUGGUUGGUGAGGGAGGCGGCAGGAGCAACAGCGUGUCUUACUCCAAAAAGCGGAUACGCUACGACAGCUACUCAUCGUACUGUAACGCCGUGGCCGAGGCUGAGAUCGAGGCCGAGGAGGGCGGAGUGGAGAUGAAGCUUGCCACAGACCUGGAAGGGGUGGAGGAAGAAGGGGCUGCACCUCCAGGGCCGGACGACUUGGAGGAUCAGGAGGAGAAGGACAAACCUGAGGUGUUUCUGCUUUUCCACUUCUUGCAGAUCCUCACCGCCUGCUUCGGUUCUUUCGCCCACGGAGGCAACGAUGUCAGUAAUGCCAUUGGGCCUUUGGUGGCACUGUGGAUGAUCUAUGAACAGGGCGGUGUGAUGCAGGAUGCUGCCACUCCUAUCUGGCUGCUGUUUUACGGUGGUAUAGGCAUCUGUGCCGGCCUGUGGGUAUGGGGCCGCCGCGUCAUCCAGACCAUGGGGAAGGACCUCACUCCCAUUACCCCCUCAAGUGGAUUCACUAUUGAACUGGCUUCUGCAGUCACAGUCGUGUUCGCUUCCAAUAUCGGAAUCCCUGUCAGUACCACACACUGCAAGGUGGGCUCAGUUGUGGCUGUGGGUUGGAUCCGCUCCCAGAAAGCAGUGGACUGGCGCCUCUUCAGGAACAUCUUCCUGGCGUGGUUCGUCACGGUGCCUGUGGCCGGCCUGUUCAGCGCCGCCGUCAUGGCCCUGUUUGUCUACGGCAUCCUGCCCUACGUCUGAGGGCGCAACGCCGGGAGGGAGAGCAGAGGAGGAAAAAGAGAGUCGGGGAGAGAGAGAGAGAGGGGGAAACUUGGGUAGAUGUCAUAUCUCGAAUGUGUGGGUUGCUGAUAGAAGAGAAGGAAGAGAGUCGAUGCACAAGGGUGACGAGGAAGAAGGGAGGAUGGUUUACAGGUGGACUUGGUUGUACUGUAGAUGUGAGGAGGGUUGGUUCACAUGCUGCCUGGCUCCGUAGUCCAGAGAUCUUUUUGACUCAUUUGAGUUCCCAAUCGGUUUUUAUUUAUUCUCUUUCUUUUUGGUGGGAUUGAUUAAAAAAACAAAAGUGUAACUAGUGUACCAUUCAAUCUGCUGUACAUAAGACAAUAACAGGGGACUUACUGGUAACUUCUAACAAAACAUGUGACAGUCUCCUUAAAAAACAAAACCACGUAAAUAUAAAAAAUACAGAAAUAAAAAUGAUCAAAAAGCAGUUUAUUCUGCUAACAUAAGCCAGCAGACUCUCCUGCAGUAAAUCCAUAUCCUUCUGCCUGAAAUUCUAGGCAGCACAAUCGGUCAAGUGCUUACUUUUUAUUAUCGUUAUCAUUGUUCCAAAAUGCCAGGGGUGAAAAAAAACAACAAAAAAACAAAACAAAACUGUACAUAUUGUGAUAUUGGGUCGAGUGUGAUUCGUUGUAUUGCGGCUUGCUUUCAAACAAAAGAAGAAAAGAUGUGCGCGUGGUCAACCAAACCCAUCCGUCAUCUCACUUUCAACAUGCUAGCCAGGUACAACUGGGGCCAAACGGAACGGACGCCUCAGAGAGGAGCGGUGAGACUGUCACUCUGCUUUUGUUUUUUUAUUAUUAUUAUUAUUUUUCACAUGAUACCAUAGGAACCUAAUUUACUAAAGAGUUGAUUUUUUGUUUUUGUCAAGAGCUCCUGUAUGUUUUUAGAGAUCUCAUAUUUUUUAAUGAUGUAUUAUACUGUAAUUUGUACUGUAAAUAAUGUCCUUUAAGAGUUUGGAUGUGGGGGUCUGGGAUGGGGGAUUGGGGAUGCGUGCGUGUGAGUGUGAAUGGUUUCAGAAAAGUGGGUGGGCGGGGGGGGCCUCUUCACCUCAUAAUGAUGUCAGAAUUCACGGUUAGUUUCAACCCCCGCGGCUCAUGGGAAACUCCCACCGAUGAACACUUGGCAGGUUUUUCUGAUGUUGGCAGAAGAAUAUUGAUUAGAACAAAGUGUUUUGCUUUACCAAACCCAUCCACAGCAGAGGAAGUGAGAGUUGCCGUUGCAUUCACUGUUUUAUUGCCUGGGUGAAUUGAACAGUAUUGACAGAAGGUUCUUUUGUUAACGGCUCCCUCCUCGAGGAGAUACGCAGAUAGCGAGGGACAGUGAGGUUGCUCUUUAGAGAGCAGAACCAUGCCAAAGUAAGUUGUUGUCACCAUGUCUGUAUGCCAGAUAAAUGAGGUACAGCAGAUGCCAAAACUGAUCAGAUGUACAAAAAAAAAAAGCACUGAUUAAGUUUAGUAAAAAUGUUUGCAUAUCAUCAUCCAUAUGCCUUUGACUUUGGAUAAAGCAGGAGUCACUUCCUUAUAUCAAAGGCUCCCUGCCCACUGAUGAACCUUUACAUUUUUUCAUAUUCAGAUCAUCUCAGAUCUCGCACCGCGGUUACCCGAGAUUAUCCGAGUCCAGGUUUCAAAUCUAUAACAGAGUGAGACAUGCAAAAAGCUAAGGCCUUGUGAUCUGUCAUAUCGAAUACUUAAAUUGUAAAGCGUUAUGCAGUCGUCGAAAGGAAGAGGACUCAAUCCAAGCCACACGAGUAGCUCCUCAAAAUGGGCAGGUGUUGUUUGGAGCAGAGAAGCAUUUAGUCUCUCAAUCACAUCUGAUUCAGUCUAAGCGCCAUGUCAUGAGGUGUGUGGAUCACAGCCCGGUGAGGGUUUCAAGGCUGCUCAUGCCACAAAAAUAUCACAAGACUUUUGUCUUAGGACUUAAGGUUGUAUUCGGAGGUAGAACUGAUCAUCACCAGCUUUUUAAAACGGUCACCUGACCUGUAGAUGAACAAAGUCUUUUUUUUCUUUUAAUUUGAACAAACUCGAUGCCAGGUGUCGCAAGUUGUUUUUGUUCUUGUGGUGUGUUUCCUCAUUUCUUGUUUUGUUUGUUUGUUUUCUCUCUCUCAUGAACAAAUCUAUGCUUAAGUAGCCACUUGCCUUGUAACUUUGUGUUUUACUUUGUGCAGAAAAAGUAAACUAAUUAUGUACUGUGGUGUUUACAUCGUAACCAUAUUGUAGAGUUAUCUGAAAAACAAAAAACCCACAAAAAAACAACUGUUGCCUAAUGAUGCCAAUGAAAGACAAACUAUUAACCGUGAGUUUUUAAGUGCAAGUAAAAAAAAAAAACAUUAAAAAAAUAACCAGAAGUGUCUAGAGAGAAAGAGAGCGAGAGCAAGUGUGUGCGCAGUGACUCGUUUUUCAUUUUGUUUCUUGUAGCGGUAGUGCUGAUCCUGACCCCCGUCACCUUACACUGCUACUACAAUGCAUUAACACUACAUGUAUGGGUGCAAUUCAGUAAUAAAGAGGAUGACUAGAGAAAUUUCAUCAGAACUAUAUUUUUCUACCAUAUCUGAGUUUUAACCGGGAUGAGCUUCCGGACACUUUGGAGGACACUCUGUGGGGCUGAUGGUAAAAUCUGGCCAAUUGGGAUUAGUUGUUGUAAGACUGUAAUCGCAGCAAUACUGAGAAAUGGUCUUAUUUCAGGGUGCCAUGUGCCACACUUCCUCUCAGCCCGGUGGGUUCCUCUAACAUAUAGACUGAUGUGUCGGUUGCCAGUAGAUCAGAUUUUUAAAUUACCAUUUUUAUUUUUGAAUUUUUGAUGAAAACACUUUGUAAUUUUGUUUCCCUACUGCUUUGGCCACGAGCUUCAAGAGCAGCACAGCACCGUGCCAGAAAACCAUUGUGUAGGACUGACCUGAUGAAGAUGAAUGCAAUGAGUGGUAUCUGGAAACUUGAUUGUGAGGAAAUUUGUUUCCUUGUUUUUUGGCAGGUUAGCGCUGUUGAAGCUCAUGGCCUUCUACUUUUCCACAGGCUGUGUGUUGUUCAGGGGGGCUGCACAGAGCCGGUGUGUUCAAAUCCUCUUGUGUUUGUUCUCUGAUGCCCGGAGGAAGAAUAUUUAGAAGGAAUUUUGUGAUGACACAAAACAUUUAGCCCCCACCCCCCACCCAGGAAAAUACGCAGCAGAGAUCUGAAGCUUUCAUGGAUGUUUUUUUCCCCCUUUGUCUUUAAAGCAAGCCAGUGUAACGGCCAACUUCUAAUUGCUAAACAGCUGAGGCACUCUGGCCUCAAGCAAAUGGCACAAAAAUGACAAAAAUUUGUAAAAGCAGACGGUAGCCUCAAAAUUUUUUAAAUCUCUCAUGCAGUCGUGAGGAUAGCAUUUUGUGCUAUUUUAUUUCUUUGGAUUCUAGGACCAAAGAGUUAGCAUUUUAUACUAUGGCAUUUAUAACUGCUGAAAUAAAAGCAGUUUAAACCUUAAAAAUCUAUAUUCAUAAUAUGAAGUCAGAAGCUGAAGAAAGACUCUUUCAUUUGCCAGCUUUCUACUCUGAGGCUUGUGGAAGUUUGUUGCUCUGGUGCAAGAUUUACUAAACAAUAUAAUGAGCCGGAAAAAACUUUAUUUCCUUCAUGCAUUAGGAGGUUUGUUUGUGAAUGGACUGAGGUCGGCCGGCAUGCAUCGCGUGUUUGAUUUGUGCAGUGUCACCAUCCUCUGCUGCAGCCCCCCUUUGUAACUCACACUGUCAUUUUCUAUAUUGUUUUCCAUGCAUUCUCAGUCCUGAUAGGCCAAAAGGGAUGCACUGCUCAAGAUGGGGAGGGAAAGUGAAAAUCGCCUUCUGCUGGCAGCUUUAAGUAUCUGAGAGAAAGGGCUACAUCCUGAGCCGGCAACAGGAAAUAUAUACAUCUAACGUGGUUCCCUGUAAAAUCCAAACACUUUCAAAAUUUGAUCACAAACGCAAAAAAAGAUUGGGCGUAGGGAUGACCACGGCCCCUAGAGGGCGCAGUUUGACACGUUCCCUCCCCGUAGAGAGGGACAGCAUUUUAGACGGACUGUUUCAACGAUUGGUUGAAUUGCCAUUGAGGGAGCUGCUGUGCUUCUGCCGCAUUUCAACUGUUUAUCAACCUUUUUGUAGACAAAAAACGAAACAGAAAAACAGAAUGUGCCAUUUCUUUCUCCCUGAAUGUGCAAUACAAGCCGUUUCUCGUGAAGGUGCAACUACAUUGCCGUCACUUUAGUGGUCGUGUGUAGCUCCACCUGCCCUGGUGUAAUAGCGCCCUCUCCUGUGUGUGUGGGACUAGCACCGCCUCCCAAAGGCGGAGCAGCAUCAGCUCAGACUUUCAUCUGGAUGUGGCGUGCUGUCUCCUAGUUGUCGGGUCUGUUUUGUAAUAGAAUGUGCUCCUUGGCUGGCCUGCAGGUUUUACAGCUCUGUGAUGUCUCUUUACUGUUUACUGCUACUUAACUGUCCGGUCCUUCAGAAAUAAGAUGCAUAUAUAUAUGAAUACAAAUGAAUAAAUUAAAAAAGAAAUAAAAAAAAAUCUAAAGAAACUGUAGCCUGCUUCUACAAAAUCUUAAAGCUCUUCUGAUUUGCAUAUAUCGUACUGUAAUGUUUUAUUUAAGAUUUAGUGAGAAAAUGUCUGCAUUUAAACUAAAUUAUGGGAAUUAAAAUUACAAAGAGUACCUAAAA